AUGGCAACGCCCAAUGCCUUUGGAGAACCUACGCUCGAGAGCCUAGCAUCGCAGUUAAUCGGCAGCGAGGGAGCGUGGGAGGCGGUAGAGCAAGGGGCGAGAGCGUAUGAGCAUUCUCCUGCUAUAGUGCCUGGUGGUUUCUCCCAGGGGGGCAGGCCAGGAACACCAGGUCAGGAUGGAGGCUGGGCUGGCUGGAGAGGCAGCGCUCAAGGAAAUGGGUUGGCUGGUGUACCUGGGGCCAACGCGGGAGGGGGGACGAGGCUCGCAGGGGCACCACAAAGGACUGUACCAGCAGCGUCUCACCUGAGAAGAGAAGAAAGCACAGACGAUGAGGAAGAGGAGUGGGCGUUCCCUGAAUAUCCUCCUUACCCCGCCUAUCCUGCCUAUCCACCCCGACACGAGCUGCCAGAACAUCUCCGCAACCUCCCCUACCCAGCCUACCCAGCAUAUCCCGCCUAUCCUCCCUACCCCGGCUCGGGCGCGCUGCCCCCACCUGCCGUGAGGUCAAUGGGUAUCCCCACCCACUCUCAUGGCCGUACCAGUGGCACCAUGCACUCCCUUGACCACCCACCAAACGCACAAGCUUGGUCAGCCGAGUACGGUGGCUCAAGUUCCCUCGCUGCCGCUGCUGCUGCCGGUGCCUACGCCCAUUCAGCGCUCGCGCGAGGCGGAGGUACAGCACGCACGGGUACCCCGGGUAGCAUCUGGAACCCUGCUGUACCUCCGCUCUCCAACGUUCAAUCCUCAAUGUCAGGCAUAGGGAGCACCGCUUCUCCAACUCCUUCUAACAACCCUGCUCUCAUGGGUCUCCAGAGUCCCCCGACGGUGCCAGGGAUACCGGGAAGAAGGAUGAGGGAGAGGAGACCUACUCAUCAGCGAGAGAAUUCUGCAGGGACUGGAAGCGCGGGAAGCCCGACUAAGAGCAGGAGGGAUAGGGGUGGAGAGGGAGCGUGA